GUUUCCUUAUUUAAACGGAAAUCGACAGUGCGAAUUUCGGUUCCCACAGAAUACGAUUCAAUUACAUCAAGUACCUCUUUUUCAUAUGGAUAUGUCGGAUGUUCGGAAUUGCGUUUGUGUUGGUUUGCUAAUAUUUUGAUUAUCAUGGGGGGGGGGGGUUGUCUUUUGGCAAGUUUUAUAAUUAUGUAACACUUCCUAUGUCAGGGUUGUUCAAGUUUUUCCAAGGUCUAGACGGCUAACCUAAGAUUUAUCUAAUGUACCAAACCAGUCAAUUUGUAUCAACUAUAAUGUUUGGCGCGCUGCUGUUUGAUUAUGCUAUUGUUUUCCGUAUGGAGAAGUCGGAUGUUUAUAUUUGCAUUUGUGUUAGCUUGCUAAUAUUUUGGUUAUCAUCUGGUUUCGUGUUUUGGCAAGUUUUAGAAUGAUGUAACAUUUGCUCCACUGGGUUGUUCAAGUUUUUCUCCGGUCUAGACUGCUAAAAUAAAGUUUAUCAAAUGUAUCAAACCAGUCCGUUUGUAUCACCUACAAUGUUUUGCCGACUGCUGUUUCAUUAUGCUAUGGUGUAACUACAUUUAUUUUGUACUCUAGAUUGACCAUUAUUGUAUAAGAUAGUCGUGUGUAACUUGCUAAUAAAAAUUUAUUGGUCAUCAUAUAACUUGUUAACUGAUCAUAGUAUGCAUCGUUGUUAGUUUUUAUUUAGCAUCUAAACAUAAAAUUUAGCAUUUUGGUUUUUUCAUUUAGACCCCGUGUUUUUUGAAUAGGAAGGGUAGUCAUGUUAAAAUUCAGUGGAGCUUUAUAUUUGCAUUUGCAAAUAGACACUGAAUUUAAUGAACGUCCAAUAAAAGAGUCUAACAAUAUCUUUUGCAGGCGAAAUUGGAGACUACGAUGGCGAGGUGGCAACAUGCAUGAUAUUCAGGAACCGGGACGCGUUCAGACAGUACAUGGCGGUUCACGCAAUAAACAAGAAAUUUCGUUUCAGGAGUAGGAAAUCAGAACCAGGGUUGAUGGUUCUUGAGUGCUGCGGAGAGAGUUGCCCUUUGAGAGUAUAUGCCGUUAAGCUGAAGGAUGCGAAACACUCUUGUUCCAUUGACGACCGAGGUGGCUAUCAAAGGCAAGCAACAACAACUGUUAUCGGCGAGCUCUUGAGGACCAAGUUUGGCGGAGCUUGCACCGGACCAAGACCCCGAGAAAUAAAACAGAUGAUGAAUGGUGAUCAUCAUGUAGAUAUAUCGUACUGGAAAGCGUGGCGUUCAAGGGACGUUGCCAUUAGCAAGGUCAAGGGCACCACGACUUCAUCUUACCUUCAGCUCCCAAACUAUCUGAAGCGGCUAGUUGUUGCAAAUCCAGGGACCAUCACAAGCCUUUUUACAGAAACAAUUGACAGCGGAGGCGAACGUUUCAAGUACAUGUUUGUGGCAUUUGGUGCUUCUAUUCAGGGUUAUGAGUAUAUGAGGAAGGUUAUCGUCGUUGAUGGUACACAUUUGAAGGGUAAAUACGCGGGUUGCUUGCUUACAGCAUCUGCCCAGGAUGGCAACUACCAAAUAUUCCCGCUAGCAUUUGCAAUCGUGGAUAGUGAGAAUGACUCGUCUUGGGAGUGGUUUAUUCAGCAGAUGACAACAUUUGUUAAUGGUUACGAGGGGUUGGUGUUUGUCUCUGAUAGGCACCCAUCGAUAUCCAAGGGGGUUAGCAAGGUGUAUCCAACAGCAGGGCAUUGCAUUUGCGUAGUGCAUUUGAAGAGGAACAUACGUUCAAAUUUCAGAGCACGACACUUGGAGUAUCUCGUUGCAAAGGCGGCGCGGACUUUCAGGAUGCAAGACUUCUAUAGCAUUUUCAACGACAUUAAAAGAACAUGGAUGCAAGGUGCGCAGAGUAUAUUCUGGAAAUCGGUUUGGAGCAUUGGGCAAGAGCACAUUUUCCUGGGAACCGUUACAAUAUCAUGACGAGCAACUUGGCAGAGUCUUGGAAUGCCGUGCUGCGUGAAGCUCGAGAAUUCCCAGAAAUACCGUUGAUUGACUUCAUCCGUACCAAGUUGACGGAGUGGUUUGCUACCCUCGAGAAGCCACAAACAAGAAUAGAGGCUCUAUCACACCCAUGGUUGCAAGUAUGCUGACGAGAAAUUUUGAAAUUGGUGGGGGUUACCAAGUAACCCUUAUUGCGGAGGAUGAGUAUGAAGUGCGCAACAAGAAUGGUGGGAGUUUUCAUGUUGAUCUUGCUAAAAAAUUUUGUAGCUGCUACGAAUUCCAAAUGCUAGCUAUGCCGUGUUCUCAUGCUGUUGCUGCGGCAAUAAGAGGGAAAGUUAGCGUCGAGUCUUUGGUGUUAGCUUCAUAUACUGUGGGAGAGCUGAGGUCCGUAUAAACAGGAAGUGUGCUCCCGGUGCCAGACAAUAGUGAGGUGACCGAGUUGGCUGGUGAUUUGAGUGGGAUGAAUUUAUAUCCUCCUACAACAAGAGGGCCACCUGGUACGCCAAAGAAGCAAUGGUUCUUCUCGAGGGAUGAAAAAAUCAUGAAACGAAUUCGAAUGACGACUUUGUGCAGCCGUUGUAAGGGGGUGGGACACAACAAAGCGACAUGCAAGGAAGCAAUAUAAGAAGUUGGAAGAGUAUGUAGGAGGGAGUUUGAUGCGAAGGGACGGUUGUUCGGAAAGAGGUGAAAUCAUUUUGCGGCUUAGCUCAUGGAUAAUCGUAUGUUUAUGAGUACUAGUACGAAAAGUCCCAAUAUAAAGGUGUGUAGGAAUUAUGAUGUAUUGCAUUGUGACUAUAAAUAAAAACUCCAUCCGUUUAUUUGACCGGUCUAUAUCUAAAUAUGAACUGUCAGUGUUGGAUAUUGUAUUGCUAACAAAAAAUAUCUACGUAUCUACAUGGAGAUAUGAAGCAUUCACACAAAAAAUAAAUAACAGCUCGAAAUCUAUAACUUCAGAGUUUUUUUUAUAGAUAUGUUUGUUACAAAACUAGUUAGAAUGAAAAAAACAGGACUAGCAUAAUUCAAACAUAAAAUGGCGUGGAGUGGAUUCAGUAUAGCCUGCUAAUGUAUGCUACAUAUUUGCUAUAAACAUGUUUGCCAUUGCUAAUAAAAAAGCCCGACAUGGAAACGGUUUAGCAAAGGUGGGCUGGAAAAAUAUGAACAGACAAUAGUUUAACGGCUACAUUUGUGUUACUAAACCAGAACCCCGUAUAGAGUGUUUCAAUAUGUAACAAUCGAGGGGGUGGGUGAUUUUGUUCUAACGGUUAUGUAGAAUUGGAAUGGAAUUCUACUUUGGCAGAACAGACGUAAAUUGUCUUAUA